CAGGGUCCCCCCGGGCGUGGUGCAAUAGUCAUGAGGUAGCUGCGUGGCAUCGCUGAUGGGCACGGUCCUGGUGGGGAUGGCCCGGCUCUGGCUGUGCUGGUGGCCGCCGGAGGAGGACAUCUCCCGGCUCUAUUGUCCCGGCUGCUGGGGGAGAGUGGAGUAGAAAGGAAGUGGAAGAGGAAGGAUGUUCCAUGGUUAGAGUGCCAGCCUAGGACUUGGGAAACCUGGGUAGAAGUCCUUCAUCUGCCACAGACUUCCUGUGAGACCUUGGUUUCCUCUGUGGACGUGCUUCCCUGGUGGGAUUGGGCGUGGUGCCUGCAUGGAGAAAAAAAUGGGGGAAGCUGUAGCCAGAGUUGCCAGAAAGGUGAAUGAAACAGUGGAGAAUGGAGCAGACUCCCUAGAUUUGGCUGACUGCAAGUUGAUGAUGUUCCCUAUUGGCAUUUACAAAGUCAUGAGGAAUGUCACCGAAGGGAUACAUCUCAUAACUCUGGCCAAUAAUGAACUCAAGUCCGUGACCAGCAAAUUCAUCACUACCUUCAGCCAGAUGAGAGAACUCAACCUGGAAGGGAAUUAUCUGCAUCGCCUGCCUGAAGAGAUGAGAACCCUGUUACAUCUGAAGGUCAUCAACCUGUCCAGGAACAAGUUUCGACACUUUCCUGAGCAGUUGACUACCUUGAAGGCUCUUGAAACCAUCAACCUUGAAGAGAAUGAGAUUACAGAUGUCCCUGUUGAGAAACUUUCUUCAAUGGAGUCGCUGCAGAGUGUAAACCUGAAGUCAAAUCCCUUGAACGAGGAAGUCCAGGUGAUUGCCAGGCCGCUGAUAAAAUUUGACCUCCUGGUGUCUCCAAGGGGAGCACAUGCUGCUCCGCAAGCCUGAAACACAGACUUUGGUUGCGUGGACUUGGUGUGACUUCAGUUGAGAAUGGUUUUAAAGGGAAAGCUAGGGGAUCUGGCUGCAGGGCAUGCUGAUCUAGAAUGGCUCCACCGGCUUUUGCAAGCUGCAUCACUCCUGCGUGUGUGAGGUUUUGUGGAUGUGAGGAGUAGGAUGGGGAUGAUUGGGGAGGGGGGUUCAGAAUCGGUAUUUCAUUGAUAGAGAGUGGAUCUGCUUAUUGUUAUUUCUUUGCAGCUGUCUAAAAUACACCGAAAUGCAGUGAGGCCCUAGUAAAUCGCUAUUUGAUAAAGGAAUAAAUCUGUGAAAAGAUUAAACUUCCAGGGCCACAGAAGGGAAAGUGCAAGGCAGAAAUAGAUCAGAUAAGAGACUCAGUCUCCUGAGUGUAUUUUCUAUGCACCAAACAAAACUAGAAAUAGUCUCAACAGCAGAGCCUUCUACGAGUCUGACAAGGAAGAGACCUAUUAGAAGAAUAACACUUUGCUUCAGCAGAGAUCAGUGUAAUAGCCUACUCCAUUCCUGUAUCACUCAAAGCCCUGUUAUUCAGGGUGAAGCAUGGUGUGGAGCAGAAGAGUGCUGGAAGGAGGCUCUGUCCCGUGAAUAAUGGGAAAACACUUGUUUACACAGCCUUGCUGGUCCAGGAUUGAAUGAAAAUACUCUGUGAAUGGACUUUUCUGUUCAACUAGUUUGAUCUUGGUGGCUUACCCAUAGGAUCUGAGCCAACUGUUAUAAUGGAGCAUAUUAACUGGGCACCACUAGGAGCAUCAAAACAAGACAGUAAAACUUGUCUUACAGUAAAGAGGUCCUCUUGGGAAAAGUAUCCUAUUUACAGACAACUCAUUUUCUUCUCUAGUUCUUCAUUCAGCAUUUGAUUGACAAGGCAUAAUGAUCAACUCCCCCCCCUUUUUUUUUUGACCGAUUAGUUGAUUUUGUCCAAGAUAAAUAAUUUCUGUUAAGCCUCCUAGGGCUUGUCUUCAUUGCAAAGUUAACUCAAAUUAUAAUUUGAAUGUUGCCCUUAACUCAAGUCCCAUCCACACACACACACUCUUUACUGAAGUGUGGUGGUACUUUUAAGUCAAGUUGGCUGGCCAGAGAGGGAAGGUAUAGGCCAGAACUCAAGUGAGCACAAUUCGUCAAUUGCUAACAUAGGCUAGCUCCACUCGAGUGCCAACAGUCCUCCAAUGUCUUCCCGCAAUUCCUUCCCUGUGCCUAGAAAGGACAGAAAAGUUCUCUCACAAUUUACUGGAAAAUAAUUCAGAGAAUGGCUUAUUUUGCUACAUCACUAAGAACCAUGGAUUGUGUGUGUUCCCAGCAGUCUUAGUGACACACACUAAUGAGUGCAGCUCCAGAGUGGCUACAACAGCUCAAGUGUUAUAUCACAGUGAGCUAGGCUUGCUUGAGCUAGGCUAACUUGAGAGGAGUAACUCAAGUGUAGAUAACUUGUGUAAUACUAGGACUGGCAGUGCAUUGACAUUAACAAGAGCAGGGGUGAAGGAAUGUUCAAACAUGUUUGGAAACCUGUGGUUUCUGCAUGUCACUCCAGUAUAUGUUAGUUCUGGUUUUAGUGAUCUCUCUGAGUGUGUUCUGUCAUGAGCUGCUCACUGCUUGUCCCUUAUUAACAUGGUAGGUAUAUUUUGCUUGAAUAGAUUUUAACCUAGUUUCCUGUUGCUGGGGAUCAAGAGAGAAUCUGGUGGAUGGAAGAACCAGAAAAUUUAACUUGCUGGUGAGAAAUGAUCUCUGGUGGGUGGUUCAAAACAAAAAGGCAAUACAUUAAUCUGUUUGUUUCAUCCUCUUGAAUAGUGUUUUCCACAGAAUAUAGACAUAUGCUGGAUGUGCCUAAUACAUACAUGUGGAUAUUAUUGUUUCCCCUUUCUGACCCAAGCAGCUAGUCAAAGUUUAGGGCCCCAGGGAUAUCCCAGCUGGAAGUAGAGUCUUUGAUGCAAUCUAGUUUAUUUACAAGGAAUGUACAAAGUCCUGCUUGUCCGAAUGCAGGGGGAACCAAGAGCAAAAGGAGCAGUUUCUUAUCUGACAACCCCAUGCCUCUUUAGCCAACACUAGAUGCAAAACACUAGACCCACUAGACUCACUAUCUAGCUUUUUCCAAGGUCAGCUGUGCUUACAGGCUUGUGCUUGGCCUCUCAGUCUGCCGGCUCUGUUUCCAGCUUGUCUUUUUUACUUACACAAACACACACACACACACACACACAGAUACCCAGUCAGACACUUCAUCAUCCACAGGGUGCUAGUUUCUCGGCAGACACUGUUAAGACUUGUUUUUAGUGUGGCCCCUUACAGGGCCGGCUCUAGGCACCAGCGUUUCAAGCAUGUGCUUGGGGCGGCCCUUUUCAAGGGGUGGCACUUUUCAAGGGAUGGCAUCCCCCCUUUUUUUUUUCUGCUUGGGGCAGCAAAAAACCUGGAGCCGGCGCUGACCCCUUAAGUGUUUCUUACAACACACAGUUUGUGCAGGGUGAGUUCACACAUCAGUUUGAACAAGGUUUUAACUCAGCCCCUAACAAGAUUCCACCCAGCUCAUAACUUAUAAAUGGGGAAACACUCCUUUCAUUGGGGAUACAUUUAUGUCCUUACUGCUCACUUCAGCUCUAAAAGGUUGGCUGCUUUCAAAUAUUGGUAUUAGUGGCAAGUUGGGUACAAGGUUUUGUUAUGCUAGACCCACCUUAUUCACGAUGAAACUUUACUUUGAAAUAAAAUAGGUGGUUGGUUUAGUAACAUUCGCCAAUUAGUAGAAGCAGUGAUAUGGAUUCCUAAAGCUCUACUGACAAAAAGUAAUUUUCAUUUAAUCAGCAUGUGAAAUGUCAAGUGCCAAAAUAAAUAUACCCUUGUGCUACGUCUCGUGUAUGCUCACCUCCCAGAGAGCAGUUUUGUUCUUCCCAUCUGGCCUUCCUUGAUUAUAAAAAUGAUGCCUUUAAACAGCUG